GGAGGAAAAUGGCGGCCGCGAAGGCGGCUGGGGCAGACGGCGGAGGAGGCAGCGGGAGCUGCUGAGCCGGGCCGGGGUCGAGAGCCCAGUCGGGAGCGGCGGAGGCUCCGAGCGGCCGUGAACGACUCGCGCGAAAUGGGGAACAAGCUACUACUUGAACUAUGUCUUAAGUUCUAUCAUGGGUUAUGGAAUUGUGCGCUGAUGAGCCAGAAAGUGGAGUGCUCAAGUGACUAAAGAAGAUGGGUGCUAAUGCUUCAAACUAUCCUCAUUCGUGUUCCCCAAGGGUAGGGGGAAAUUCUCAGGCACAACAGACAUUCAUAGGAACAUCGUCCUAUUCCCAUCAAGGUUAUGGCUGUGAAUCUAAACUUUAUAGCCUUGAGCAUGGCCACGAGAAACCUCAAGAUAAGAAAAAGAAAAGUUCUGGCCUUGCUACCCUCAAAAAGAAGUUUAUUAAGCGCCGAAAGUCUCACCGGUCUGCUGACCACGCCAAGCAGAUGCGCGAGCUCCUCUCCGGCUGGGAUGUCCGGGAUGUCAAUGCUUUAGUGGAAGAGUAUGAAGGAACAUCAGCCUUAAAAGAGCUUUCUCUGCAAGCUAGUCUUGCAAGGCCAGAAGCCAAGACGCUGCAGAAAGACAUGGCUGAACUGUACGAGUUUAAAUACUGCACAGAUGUCGAUCUAAUCUUCCAAGAGACUUGCUUCCCUGUGCAUCGUGCAAUUUUGGCUGCAAGGUGCCCCUUUUUUAAGACCCUCCUUUCUUCCUCACCAGAAUAUGGUGCAGAGAUUAUAAUGGAUAUCAACACAGCUGGCAUCGACCUGCCCAUGUUUUCUGCUUUGCUGCACUAUCUAUACACAGGUGAAUUGGGGAUGGAAGAUUCGAGGUUUCAGAACGUUGACAUUCUCAUGCAGCUUAGUGAGGAAUUUGGAACACCAAAUUCUCUAGAUGUUGACAUGCGAGGGCUGUUGGAUUACAUGUGCUAUUAUGACGUGGUUCUCGGUUUUUCAUCCGACUCUGAACUUGUUGAAGCUUAUGGCGGAAGUCAGAGCUGCUUAGAUGAGGAGCUCAGAGCGCACAAAGCUAUUAUUUCAUCGCGCUCACCUUUCUUCCGGCAUCUGCUACAGAGGAGGAUACGAACCGGAGAAGAAAUUACAGAUCGAACUCUAAGGACUCCAACAAGGAUUAUACUAGAUGAAUCUAUCAUACCAAAAAAAUAUGUGAGGGUAAUUUUAAACUGUAUGUAUACAGAUUUGGUAGACCUCUCUAUUUUGCACAGCAGUCCAUCAGUAGGGAGUCUAAGUGAAGUCCAGGCUCUUGUAGCAGGAAAAACAAGCAUGACAAAGGCUGAAGAAGCUAUGGAACUGUACCACAUAGCACUUUUCCUGGAGUUCAGUAUGCUUGCACAAGGCUGCGAGGAUAUUAUUGCCGAGAGCAUCUCACUGGAAACCUUAAUUGCCGUUCUCAAGUGGAGCUCCCAGCCUUAUGGCUCCAAGUGGGUACACCGCCAAGCCCUACAUUUCCUCUGUGAGGAGUUUUCCCAAGUAAUGACUUCAGAUGUCUUUUUUGAACUUUGCAAAGACCACUUGCAAACUGCUAUCCAGUCAGACUACUUACAGGCGAGUGAGCAAGAUAUCUUGAAAUACCUUGUGAAAUGGGGUGAACAUCAAUUAAUAAAAAGAAUUGCAGAUCGAGAACCCAAUUUACUGAGCGGCACAGCUCAUAGCGUGAACAAGCGUGGUGUAAAGAGGCGAGAUCUUGAUAUUGAGGAAUUAAAGGAAAUCCUUUCCCCUCUCUUACCGUUCGUCCGCAUUGAGCACAUUCUGCCUAUGAACAGUGAAGUGCUGACAGAUUCGAUGAAGAGAGGUCUCAUUAGUACACCUCCUUCGGACAUGCUGCCAACUGCAGAAGGUGGAAAGUCAAAUGUGUGGCUGCGACAAAAAAAUGCCGGAAUUUAUGUGAGGCCGAGGCUGUUCUCACCAUAUGUGGAGGAGGCUAAGUCACUUCUGGAUGAGAUGAUGGUGGAGCAGACGGAUCUUGUUCGUUUACGGAUGGUUAGAAUGUCCAAUGUACCAGACACCCUCUACAUGGUAAACAAUGCUGUUCCACAGUGCUGUCAUAUGAUAAAUCACCAGCAAAUGACCAGUAAUCAGUCCAGUCCUCCUUCAGUUGUAGCUAAUGAAAUUCCAGUUCCUCGUCUCUCUGUGGUUAAAGAAAUGGUCAGACGGCUGCAGGAGCUCCGCCAUACCGAGCAAGUCCAGCGAGCUUAUGCUCUGAAUUGUGGAGAAGGAGCCACAGUCAGUUAUGAGAUUCAGAUCCGUGUAUUGAGGGAGUUUGGACUUUCUGAUACUGCUGCUGAGUUGCUGCAGAAUCCUCACAAGUUCUUCCCUGACGAGCACUUUGGAGAUGAAAGCCCACUUCUGACCCUGAGACAGCCAGGCCGAUGUCGUGUGAACAGCACGCCCACUGCAGAAACACUGUUUACAGAGCUAGACUCUUUUGUGGCCUUCCACCCACCACUCCCUCCUCCUCCCCCUCCUUACCAUCCACCAGCGACUCCAAUUCACAGUCAGUUCAAAGUUGGAUGGAAGCAGAGAGCCCAAAGCCAGCAUCCCUCCCGUUCCUUUUCUUAUCCUUGUAACCAUUCGCUCUUCCAUGCCAGAACAGCCCCCAAAGCUGCCCUACCCAAUUAUUUCUCUAGUGUGAAAGGCACACCUCCAGAUUGCACUAACACCGCAGGACUGGGAAGACAGACAGUUGCAGCUGCAGCAGCUGUGGUGGCUGCUGAAAAGCAAGUGGGUAUUCAACCUGUUCUCAAUGAGCUGAUGCCGGAUAUUGCAAUGGGUGUGUCAACUAUAUCUCUGAAGGACAGGAGGCUGCCAGAGCUUACAGUGGACACAGAGCCUGUUCCGGAAGUUACACCAGGACCACCUCAGCACAUUUCAUGCAUUCAGACAAGGCACAUACAUAGUUCACGGAAGAAACAUUCAGCGGAGCAAAAACUGGAUCCUAGAGAGAACCAGCAGGAAUAUCCUGAUUUCUAUGAUUUCUCAAAUGCUGCAUGCAGGCCUUCUACUCCUUCCCUUACCAGGCACACCCCUUCCCCUUCCCAAGGUAACUAUUUGGGGCCAGAUUUAUAUAGCCACAAUAAAGCAUCGCCCAGCGGCUUAAAAACCACUCAGUUACCUAAUCACAUCUCUCCUAAAAAACUAGAAGAUUCUAGGAGAGACUAUGCACUUUCUCAAGAAGGGCAUUCACACAGACAAAAGAAUGAAACGAUACACCUCAAUGUCUUAGAACAACCUCCCCAGAGGUUGAACUUGGCUUUGGCUGCCCAGGAGAACCCUGGGAAUAUAUCAAUUCAUGCAAGGGGACGAACAAAAAUGGAAACGGAUUUAACAUAUGGCCUAACCUCUAGUCGACCUUCCCUGCCUUCCUACAGGGAAGAAAUCCAUGAUGAACUAUCUAGCAGGAGAUUGGCUGACACUGAGCCUCUGGAGAGUGAAGUCCAGAGAAAUGUAGAUUUGGAAAGAGAAGAGGUUGUAAGUAGAGGAAGAAAGUCUCCUGACUUUCUAUACAAAAAAUCUGCCCUCUGAAAACCCUCCACCUCCACUUCUUCUCUGUGCCUAAGACUUGUGAAAGAUCAGUCUUUGAAAUCCCUGGCCGGAAAUUUUCUCAGGCCAGUUUUUUUCCAACGCCAGCCGCUAUAUUAUUUUUUAAUUAUUAUUUUUGUAUAUACAUGGCUUCAUUAAGAAGUGGUAUGCUCCCUGUUUAUUUGGAAUGCUGCUUCAGGGUUUAUGUUUUCAACAGAUUUUGCUAAGAUUCUCAACAAUAUAUUUUAACUGGCACCUUUAAAAAAAAGGAAAAUAAAAGGUAGCCUUUUGCACCUGUACAUUAAUUUUAUUAAUUUUUAUAUUGGUAUGUUAAACUUCUACUGUCAUAUUUUAUAGGACUGUAUGUUCAUACUAUUUUGAGUGUCUUUGGUUGUUUUUUUUUUUUUAAGAAAUCAUUUCCUGGUAUUCAGUGUGCAUUAGGCUGCAUACUCGCAUACUUAAGAUGUAUUUUCUUACAAGAUGGUGAAAAUAUCUGUCUUUAUUUUUUAAUGACAAUAGGAAUUCCAAAGAACAGCACACUUACAAAACUGCUCUGGUUAGGUUUGCAGCCUUUCUGCUUUACCACUAAUACAAGAAUCCAGUCUAAUGUGUAUGCUUUGUUUACCAAGUCUUAGGCUGCUGAUGUAGCAAGUGCUCAGUAAUGUCUGUGGCCAGGAUUUUCUUUGAAAGUGAGGACUACACGUCUCUUAUGAUUUCUGAAAAUAUUCUUUUCCUUUUGGAACAUGAAAACUGAAGAAACACUCUCCAAGCCCUUUGGUUACAGUGCGACUAGUGCUUCAAAUUUGUGAGAGUUCUGUAGAUGUGCUUUUCUGAUUCUUCAUUUUAGAAAGACACAUAGAUGGUAAGCACAAGAAGGCAAGAAAAUAAUUGUUUAGCAUUUGACAUGAGUGUUAAUGCUACAUUUUGGUAGAACAGCCCUCUGUGGGGAAGUCAAGAGGAAUGCUUACUGCCUUUUUUUCUGCCUCUGAAGAAAUCAAGGGCUGCAGUUUUGGUAAUGUUAUAUAUACUUUGUUUUAUGGACAGAAAGCAUACUGAAGAUGGCUAUAACUUAAGGAGCUAUAAACAGUUUAGCACUUAAUUUCUUCAUUCCUCUCUUGAAUAGUUUGGAGUUUGUUGAAGCUGGUUAAACCAUAUUAGAAGGGAGGUUCAUUUGGGUUUUAUGAGAUGCUGGGCGGAUAGAUUAUUGCCACUAAGAAUGGCCAUUUCAGCAGUAAGUUGUUUCAGGUACCUGCCACGUAUUUCUCUUGCAUGGACUGGAAAAAUUUCAGUACCACUGUGGUAAUACCUAGCAAAGGCUUGACUUGAUAUGGUGGUUAAUUCUAAAAUACAGCUCUUCCAUCACUUGAACCUUAGCAACAUUGAACCUUUUUUAAACAUUGUUAGCUAACCUUAAAUCUAUUUUUAAAUACUGUACUUGAGACUGUUGAAAUGUACAUUUUGUUUAAGUGUUUUUAAUUAUUUUCUGAGCUCUUUUUUUAAAGUCCCCACUAAUCUUUUAGUUCCCAGACCUGACCCUUUAAGGGGAAACACUGUUAAAAAGGAAUGAGAAUGAACACCUUGUCCAGAUAGUUUACACUACAUUAAUUUCAAGCAUUGUGUUACAUCUUUGUGAACUGAAAAAAUAUAUUCUGUGAAAAGUUGAUUCGGUAAUAAGACAGCACUCUGAGGAUAAGAUAAUCACUUGUCACUUGUCAAGCAUCUUGUUAAUGAUCUGGAAUUUAAACAUGUUUUCUGUCAAACUUGUUUCUCUCUCUCUCUCUCUCUCUCUCUCACACACACACACACACACACACACCAAAUCUGCUAUGAUUUCUGAAAAAUUUUCCUUUUUCAAACAUGAAACUCAAAUCUUUCUAUGUAUAUUGGCUUUGUUUUGUAGAGAUCACGGAUAGGACUCUUCUGAUAGUUUCCUGGAUUACACUCCCAAAACAAACUACAGAAAAAUCUAGUUUAGAUGUUAAUAUUCUAUUUCAAGUAGGUUUUUUCCAACUCUACCCAAAGCUAAUUUACUAGUGAAAUGUGAUAGGAUGUAUGGAUGAGAAAUUCAAGGCACAAAUUUUCAGUCUCAAUAGUAGCUAUUGAAUUAAUUCAAAUAAUUCAUUUUACUUUUUUUACUGUGGAAUAACUUAUGAGAAGUAUAAAAAUGUACACUCCAUAAAUGAAAUAAGCUAUCAUUUGUCAGCAGAGUUUUAGAUGAAGGUAAUUCUGUAGCAGACCUAAGGACUGUUGUACCACUUUAACAACUUCAGCCUAAAUAUUCCCAUUUGAGCUAAAGAAUUUAGAGAGGCUGCAGAAUUCUGGCUUAUUGCCUUUUCCUAUGGGCCAUAUAUAAAUGGAACAUUAAUCCCCAUCAACAUUUGGGCUUUGUUAAUUACUAGUGAAAUUAUCUGUGGACCUUUAGGUACUUCUACUGACUUUGCAUAAGGAAUUUCAUUGUACCUACCCGCCCCUUUUUAAGUCAUCUUGAUUUUAUCCUGUUUGCAAAAGACAAAAAGUAUUUUUAAAAUAUCUGUGACCCAGAGAAACGCAAAUAUUUUUUUCCUAAUUUUGCCUAACAAGAAAUUAAUAAAAGAAUUUGUGUCAUAAUUGAGAUUGCUUUUACAUUCUGGUGAACAGAUAAUUUACUAUGAGAUGUAUUUAAAGCUUUUAUCUUCAAAAUGCAGGAUGCACAAUCAAUUUCAGCUCUUCAACAUGAUUGUAAUAAAUUAUGUACCAUUUUUCAAAGUUUUAAACAAUUAAAAAAUCUUAAGUAUUGGAAUAAAUCCACCCAGGUGUUUGGAUUUGAGAUGGGUGGCAAAUAAAUUUAAUAAAUUUGUUAAGUCCCAAGCAUUCUUUAAUUCUGUAAUAACAUGGCAGAGAUAGUUGCUGAACUAACAGCUUCAGAUUAUUGCUAAUCUUUUUGUAACAGAAACAAAUCUGAUUUGACUGCAUCCUACAAAGGAAAAGUAGGUUUUAAACUGUAGCUGGGAUCCAUUUCCAUGCAUGUACACUCUUUUGAGAAUUUUUAAAUCUUUCAUAGGCACAAGGGAUGGAUGCUGCUUCACUAGUGAUCAGCUGCAUUUUUCAGAAGACAAAGGGCUGCUUCUAGAGGGAAGUGCCACACAAGGCAUUUUGACAUUCACCCAAUGUGUUUACAAAUAUAUAUAUUUUUUGCAGUAUUAACAAAGCUACUUCUUGUAGUCCUGCAAGCUUAAAGCAAAAUUGCCCGGCUCGCCAUUUAGUAUAUCUUGUAUUUGAACUUGUUUUCAGUCUUUUUCUACCUGUUAAAGGAAUGGAAAAGGGCUAAUAUCUUCAAUAGCUUUGUUUUUACCUUGAAAUAUUAUAAACCAUUUCCAUCUGUUAUGUAUUAUUUUGAAAAGGUCCGAAGAUACCACUCUUACUCUAGUUACUUCCAAUGACUUGUUUGUUUUUAUGGUGGAUGGAUAUUUGUGGAAUGUUGGGGAAAGCUGAAGGAUUAAAAACCGAUCUGUUUCUAUACUUGUAUGUAUUUCUGAAAGAUGUUAAGUGUCCAUGAUAAAAUUCUUGUGCUGUUACUGGUAUAAAAAGUGCCUUCAAUGCUAAAGGCUCAGAAAUUUUCUUAAACCAACUUCAUGUCCUAUGCAAGUGUUUUUUCUACAACCUGCAUAACCAGUACUUUGUAAAAUUUGUUUACGCUUCAAUUGUACAUAUUAUUUUUAAGAAAAAUAGAAUUUUUAUUUAGGUACCGCCUAGAAUUGAAUUCUAGUCUUGUGUGAUGCAUUGUAAAAGAAUACAUUUCUCUUUUGAGUACCAUUAUAAUUGUAAAAAGGUUUUCACUGGUUCUAUUUUUCUACUGUUGCUGAGAAGCAUGUUAACACUGACUUUAUCCUACAUAUAGUUGGUAUUUCAAAUAAAUGGCUUGUCUAGAAAAA